GCCUGUUAGUGUGUGUUAGUGCUGCCAUUGUGCAAUACUGGUUGUCUGUGAGUAGAUAAUUAUAGACUAUUGUUUCAUUCAUUCAGUUCAGUUGAGCUAUUUUAGUACAUCAUUGUACAUCGGGUUUUCUUGUGCUAUAAUGUCAGUCACCUUGUUAAAGGAGGUUAUACUGCCAGCAGCAUGUUCAAAAAACGGAUUCAAGUUAAUUGAAUGCUCAUUGGAUUCUGAAUACAAAGGAGGAGACCAGUUUCAAUCUAACGUUGUGUUUGUAACAGCCACAGUACUAGAGGGAAGUAACAAAAAGGACCUCCCAUUGGUGGUAAAAUUUGAACCUUUUGACAAAGAAAUACAAAGAGAGCUGAGAACAGCUAUUCAAUUUCACAACGAGGUAUUAGUGUACAACGAUCUAUUACCAUUGUUAAAUAAAUAUAAUAAGAUUACACAAAUAUUCCCAAAAUUUUACCAUGGCAUAAGUACAUUGACUUUGCCCGAAGACGAUGUAAUAGUCAUUGAAGACUUGAGACCUAAGGGCUUUCAAAUGGCAAAGCAACGAGUAAUGUUGGACUACGAACAUUUGAAGUUGGCAAUGGAAAAGUUAGGAAUUUACCACGCUUUGUCAUAUAUAACAAAACACGAGAGACCAAAUGAAUUUUACAAUCUUGUCAAAAAUCUGAAGGAAACCACCUGGAUAGAUGAUGGUUUGGUAAUUUCCCCAGUCAUCAAGCAUGCCUUCCACAGAGCAAUGGAUCCUUUGAUAGCAGCUGAUAAACAUUCUGCGAUAUUGCAAAAAGUACUCUCCCGAGUGGACGAAAGUGUUGUGAAAUUCCUCCUGGAACUAGUUCAUCCUGAAGAACCUCUGGCUGUCUUGUGUCAUGGUGAUUUCAACAGGAACAAUAUGCUCUUUAAGUACAACCAGGACGUCCCUGAGAGUGUAAGGUUCUUUGACGUCGCCACUGCUCGAUACUCUUCACCAUCAAUCGAUAUUGCGUUCCUCCUAUUCAUGAAUUCCACCAAGGAAGUAAGGUCAGCUCACUGGGAUGAUUUACUCUCAGUCUACCACCAGUCUUUGACCAAUAAUCUUGGUGCCAUUCAUGGACCUUCGAUGCAACAACUACAAGAAGAGAUGAGGCUGAAAGGAGUCUACGGUUACGUUCACGCGUCGUUCUUCCUCCCCAUGAUGCUGUUUGAGAGUGACUUUACAAUGGAUGAUCUUUUGAACUUGUCUCCCGAGGAAGUCGCAGUGAAGCAGGCUAAGAUCGGAGGAGAAGAAGGAACAAAGAUGUUGAUGGAACUGGUGGAGGAGCUGGUUAGUAGAGGAUGUCUCACUUUGGAUCAUCCGUUUUUGAUGCAGUAAGAAAUAUAGUCUUGUUUUAUGUGAACAAUGGUUUCAAUUAAUUUUAUGUUUUUAAAAAUUUGCAAAAAUAUGUUUGACCAACAAUGUAAUUUAAUUUCCUGUAGAGAAAGACCGAUUUUCCAAUCUUCUUUAAGAAAGUGAUAUAUAAUUUUUGAAAAUUAAGUAUAAUUUGUAGACUUGUUUUGAUUUUUGUUUUAACCACAUAAUAGAAAACGAAAAUAAAAAUAAUAUUUAUUUUUCUUCUCGUGUUUUUGACACUUUUUCAUUUGUAAAAGUUGUACCUAAUUUACUUACAAUACCCAUAAAAAUAUAUCAACUCUACUAAAAAUUAAGACUUUUAUUUAAAAAAAUGGUAAUAAUUUAAUCUAACCCCACAAAGAGGUUACAAAAACAAUUCUGAUAUUUUUUCUUUGUUUUACAACCUUUUGAAUGUAAAACAGGUUGAAUUCAUCUUUUGGUAAUAUUGGAAACAUUGUGAAAGUUUUAUUUUAAUUGGUAUUAAGAAGUUUAGGCUUUGCAAAAGGUACAUUUGUUACAAUAGUCGUUUAACAGUAAAGUUAUUCAAAAAGUGCAA